AUGGCGGACGAGGCGAAAUUGGAGACGUUGCGACGGAUGCUCGCGAGCGCGACGCGACGCGACGAGGAGGCGGAGGCGCGGCGCGAGGUCGAGACGGCGGCGAGGAGGGCGGAGAUCGCGAAGAUCGCGGCGCAGUUGACGGCGAUCACGGGCAGCGCGCCGGCGACGCCGGUGGAAAGGACGAAGAAGAAGACGGCGAAGGCGACGACGAAGGCGACGGCGACGACGAAGACGAAGACGAAGGCGAAGGCGAAGGCGAAGGCGAAGGCGAAGAAGGUCAAGGCGAAGAAAACGGUGAAACCGAAGCGAAGCGCGAACGAUCCGUUGAAGACGUCGGACUUCGCGGUCGGGAUGGAGGUCGAGGUUCGCGGCGAAGGGAACGAGACGUGGUACGGCGAGGUGACGAAAGUGCGACAGUCGAACGCGAAGUGCCCCCUCGAGGUGGCGUGGUUACAAAAGGAAGGCAGUGGGUUCAUUUACUACGACUGUGCGCACAAGGACGUCAUCGAGUUGCGCACGGUGCUCGAGACGCACGAGGCCGGUCACUUUGCGGUCCCCGCCGGCGGUCGUAGCGCGUGUUCCAAAUGCAAGGAGGCGGGCACGACGUGCAGCAAGCGCGUGAAGAAGUAAAUAAUAUGAUCGAUACGUGCAUGAUAUGCACGAUAUGACGGUGUACAGAUAAGGAGUUUAAAAGGUUUUGAAAUGUUAUUGACUCGCUCGCUCCUCGCUCGCAAA